GAGGCCCCACAGACGCCAUUUCCUCGGCGCCCCCGCGGCGGCGCGGCUGCAUCAGCGCUGACGUGAGGCCGACGUGCGGCUCCGCCCGGCCCGGUCCCCCCCACCCCCUGUGACGGGGGCAGCACGUACAGGGCGGCGGUGCAGGGUUUGGUAGGAGAGAAAGGGAGCUGAAGAGAUCCAGGCUCUUGUUUUAAAACUCACACCUUCCGUUAUGACUAAGUGUGCCAAGAAAUACCGAAAAGGAGCUGUCAGACUGAUGACCAUGGAAAUGGUUGAACAGGAUGACAAUACAGUGGAUUCUCUGACAGAGAGAAGUGCUGGUCACCUUCAGAAUCAUCCAGGCCAAAGUCAGAUUUCCUCAGGAUCUGAGGUUUCUGUAGCUGCUUCCAGUGCUGGAAGAGGAUCUCCAGCUGUAACUCUAGUGCAGUUGCCUUCUGGUCAAACUGUUCAUGUCCAGGGUGUCAUUCAAGCCACACAGCCCUCAGUCAUUCAGUCACCACACAUGCAAGCUGUUCAGGUAGCAUCGAUUGCAGAUGAAGCUGCACAAUCAGAAGUGAUAAUUGAUUCUCAAAAACGUAGGGAAAUACUUUCAAGAAGGCCUUCAUACCGAAAAAUUUUGAAUGAACUCUCAUCAGAUGCUCCUGCAGUAGCGAAGAUUGAAGAAGAAGAGAAGUCAGAAGAUGAAGGAACGCCUUCUGGUAUUUCUGCAGUGGCCAUGCCAACCAGCCUGUAUCAUACUAACACAGGGCAAUACCUUACCAUAUCUCAUGGUGGUACAAUUCAGACUGUGACAAAUUCAGGAGCUCCUCAGCCAGGUGCUACCAUUGUGCAAUAUGCAGCACAGUCAUCUGAUGGCACACAACAGUUUUUUGUUCCUGGAAGCCAAGUUGUUGUUCAAGCUGCCACUGGAGACAUGCCAGCUUACCAGAUUCGAACUCCCACUACUACCUUACCUCAGGGAGUGGUUAUGGCAGCCUCGCCAGGGACUUUGCAUAGCCCCCAGCAAAUGGCAGAAGAGGCAACACGCAAGAGAGAGCUGAGACUUUUGAAAAAUAGGGAAGCUGCUAAAGAAUGUCGACGUCGGAAGAAAGAAUACAUAAAAUGUCUGGAGAGUCGUGUUGCAGUGCUAGAAGUUCAGAACAAGAAACUUAUACAGGAGCUUGAAACCCUAAAAGACAUUUGCUCUUCCAAAACAGAUUAGUAAAAAUAUUUAUUAUACUGUGAACUAAGAUAUGUCCAGUUGCUUUGUAAGACAAUACAUAGCCAACAUGGCUUACGGCUUUCUCUUUGUGUCAUUUAUAAUAUAUUCCUACUCCUAACAUUCCUGAAUGCUUUCCUGCUUUUUGUCAAUUCAUAGCUCUAAUUUCAGGUUUUUCAUGCACCAUCCCUCUGUCUCCCAAGGAGCCAAAUGUUAAAAAAUAUAACAAAGUAAAAAAGCGCAUAGUUUCUAAGAGCUGUUUCUUUGCCAUAUAUUUACAUACUACUUUUUACAUGUUACUGAGUGUCCUGCACAUUCAAAAUAUUUUGCAAUUGUUUUAGAUGAAUCAUAAAGAUAAUGCAUCCAGUAAUACAAGAAAAUCAAACAACCCAAGGUAUCUCAGGAAAGAGUUUAUAAAAGAAUGUUAUGAUUAUAUGUAUGUACUAGCAUACUAGUCUACAGAUGAUUUUAUGGCAUAUUUUUAUAUUAGUUGCUUUGUGGAAAAAAGUAUUGUAUUGCUGUCACUGAGUGCCAUGGUUAAAGUUAGUUUUUAAUAGAACCAUGUUGUUUAA